AUGGGGAAUGUGUUGAGGGAAAAGUAUAUGCACAUGAGAUGUUGUGCUCAUAUUCUAAACCUUGUCGUGAAUGAGGGUCUUAAGGAGUGUAAUGACGCCAUUACAAUAGUUAGAAAUGCGGUUAGAUAUGUGCGCUCCUCCCCUGCAAGGUUAGAGAAGUUUAAGAGAUGUGCAGAAAAGGAGAAAAUUGAUAGUAAAAAAAUGUUGUCCCUUGAUGUGCAAACCCGAUGGAAUUCAACUUACAUAAUGUUGGAGGCGGCUGAAAAUUUUGAGAAGGCUUUCAGGUGGAUGGAGAGUGAGGAUCACAAUUUUCUCUCUUACUUUAAGGAUGGAAACAUUGGACCUCCUAGAGCUAAGGAGUGGGAGACAGUGCAGGUAUUUGUAAAAUUUUUGAAAAUGUUUUAUGAUGCCACUUGUAGAUUUUUUGGGUCUUUGUAUGUCACCGCAAAUACCAGUUUUUUGGAGAUUUGUGUGCUUCAAAAAGAGUUGGUUAGGCUGAGUGAAAGUGAUAAUAAUUGUUUGAUGAAUAUGGCCGUGAGCAUGAGAAUUAAAUAUGAUAAAUAUUGGGGUUCAUUGGAUAGGAUGAACUUGAUGUUGUUGAUUGCAGUUGUGCUUGAUCCACGUAAUUUGUAUGCGGAGUAUAAUGAUGCUUUCAGUUCUAGCUCGGUUAACUCGACUGAACAUGUUCCCCCUCUGCCAUCUACAUCCACAAAAGUUAGUGAAGACAAUCAUGAGUCACAAUUUUUUGCUGAGUGGUUGCUAGCAUCGAGUGCCUCUGGAUCUACAUUUGCCAAAAUAGAGAUUGACCGGUAUUUUUCAGAUGGUUGUGAGGCAUUCAUCCAAUCUUUUGACUUGGUGAACUGGUGGAAAGUUAAUGAGCCUAAUUAUCCUAUUCUUGCGAGGAUUGCAUGA